AUGCCACAAGUCCCCCUCCGCACCCUCAGUAUCUAUGACAAAGGCAGCACCUACACCAUCUUUGACACCGACGACAAGACUCAUCUCUACACCAUCCAUUUCAACAGUCGUUCCGCUCCUCACAUGACCGUAAUCCGUACCUCGGACACCAAGAGCAUUGUUGGCAGCGCCACAUAUCACUCGACCAAGAAGCUCGGGUUCGCCACUGCCUCAAACAUCACUCUUAAACUUCCCUCCUGCGAAACUGUCUUCCUGAACAAAGAAGGGGGCUUCUUCAACAAUGACAAGCGCACUAUGCGGAUUGCAGUUCUGGGACAAGUGUAUUGGAGUAGUAGGCAAGUUAACAAUCCUUGGAAAAGAGGCCGAGCGGAGACGAGCUUCAUGAAAUUGGCGGAUACGAGUGGGAAGGCCUUGGUGGAAUACAAGGACGAGGGACACACGUUGAAAAGAAUGGGAGUUAUGGAGAUUGGCGUCGAGCUAACGCAGGAAGGGUUGGAUGAGGUCGUAGCAGAGGAAGCGUUCUUCUCCAGUCACGCACACCGCUUCGCUACAAUCGCCAUGCCGAAGGAGCACCGAAAACGAGGGCGACGGGAGGAAAAGAAGCGGAAGCGUGAGGAGGAGGAAGAAGAAGAAGAAGACCAUUCCGCAACUUCCAAGCGGCAGAAGUCAGAGGACGCAAAGGCAGAGGUCGAGAUCAUAGUGGAUGGUGAUGAUGAAAAUAGACCACAAGAAGGCUACCCGGAAUAUGCUCCACGACCUGUGGAGAUCCCGUUCUACGGAUUACUGGAUGAAGAUGAGCAGGAAUACUUCAAGAGAGCGGAUUCUAUGCUAGAACUUAAUCAAUUCGCCGAUCCAGAGGAACGAAGUCUUUUCCUGGCCAAUGUAUACAAAGAGGCCAGUGGGAAGGAGCUCAAGAUCGCCAAUAGUCAGUCAUGCUCAAGGCUUAUGGAGCGAUUAAUUCUUCUAUCGACGCCGGAUCAGUUGAAGAAUCUGUUUCAGAAGUUCAGUGGACACUUCCUGCACCUUGUACAGCACAGAUUCGCUUCCCAUUGCUGCGAAGCAUUGUUUUUACAAGCAGCGCCAAUCGUCAAUCAAGAGCUGACCGCACCUCUGGAUCUGGGAAAGCAGAACCAGGAGAGUGGGGACGUCUUCGUCUCUAUGGAGAACCUCUUCCUAUAUACACUGAACGAGUUGGAAGGCAAUCUGGGGUACUUGAUGAGUGACCAAUUCGCGUCGCAUCCACUGCGCAUCCUACUAGUCGUGCUCUCAGGCAUGCCGCUUACGGCUGUAAACACUUCCUCGGUGCUGCAGAGCAAAAAGAAGGAGCAUGUCUCUAUCACCAGUGAAAAAUCAAAGCCCACGGAGGAGAAGACAGAAGCACGAAUGGUACCAGAUUCCUUCCAUACCGCGUUGGAGAAGAUGAUGGCAGGAGCUGUGGCAGGUCUGGACACAACAUAUCUUCGGGCAUUAGCGACUCAUCCUAUCGCAAAUCCCGUUUUACAACUUCUGCUUGAGCUCGAACUCACAAGAUCCGGCAAGCAAAGCGCGAAAGACUCGAAGUCUCUAUUCCGGAAACUCGUUCCCGAUGAUGCGUUGGUGGAGGGUACCGAAAGUGCUUCUUUCAUUAAUAACCUUGUCUACGAUACUAUUGGCUCACGACUUCUGGAGGUAAUUGUAACAAAUGCACCAGGCAAGACAUUCAAAGCAUUAUACAAGAGCUCUUUUAAGGACAAAAUUGGGACAUUUGCGAAGAACGAGGUCGCUGCUUUUGUGGUCAUCAAGAUCAUCGAGCGCCUGAACAAGGAAGACUUGGUGACCGCUUUAGAUGAGAUUUGUCCUCAGAUUGACACGCUGAUCAAGCGCUCGCGUACAUCAGUCAUCAAGACAUUGAUAGAACGAUGCCGCGUACGACAUCUAGAGGCACCAUCCAUCUCAACUGGCUUGAAGCAGGCUUACGGAGAGGGACCAUCCGACCGACUGGUCAAGAUGCUCAGAGUGGGCACAGAGCGCGCAGAGGGCAUGGCAGAAGACCGCAGAAAACAGCUGGAUGCUAAGGACAGUGCCAAAGCUCAUGGAUCUCUACUGGCUCAAUGCAUGUUGGAGGCACCAGACCCACUGCGGGAACUUAUCUGCGAUGGGUUACUUACUAUGGAGACGCGUGUUUUGAUCUCAGUUGCAAAAGAUCGAACAGCAUCUCGUGUCCUACAGACGGCUUUGGUCUGUCCCGAACAGGCACCAAAGUUCCGUCGACUGCUGAUACCACACUUCUAUGGCCACAUAGAGGACCUCGCAUUGGAUCCUGUUGCCUCCCACGUUAUUGACUCCAUUUGGGAAGCGACUGAUGGUCUCACAUUCAUCCGGGAAAGGAUUGCCAACGAGCUCGCGCAGCACGAGUCAGCCCUGCGAGCCUCGAUGUCUGGCAGAGCGGUAUGGAGGAACUGGAAGAUGGAUAUCUACAAUACAAGAAGAAAGGAGUGGCUGAACGAUGCAAAGGGCCAAAGCCAAGACAACAACCAAGCUGCCAAGACAAGUAUCGAGCUUGCCAGAGAGCGAUAUGCAGCGGGUACAAUGAGACAACAGCACAAGGUGGUGAAAUCAAGGACAGACAAUGGCACUGGCGCGAACAGCAUCCCUCAAGGAAGAGCUACCAUUCAGGGUAAAGCUUAG